UCUGCAUAAGUCUUGGUCGCGAGGAAGCUCAGGGUUGCAGUAGUACAUCAGUCUUUUUUCUUUCCAUAAUAAAGAAGACCAUCAUCCAUCUUUUGUUUUUGUUUUUCUCUCCAAUUUCAGCUCAUUUCAGGCCAGUUGCAUGCAUUGUUCGUCUACCAAAAUGGUUUGCGAGACUAAAAUCGUUGCAGAAGAACACGAGGACAUAGCUGGGACCAAAAAAGAUUCAAUUAUAGUUUCCUCCGCGCAAAUGUGGACGUCUUCUUCGCCUUCUCCCUGUGCGUUCGAGAGUAAGGCUGAAAAACAGGACCAGGUUUUUAUUCGCGAGUUUGAACGUUCGGACCAUGAGGAGGUGCGCCGGAUCUUCACCGAGGGAAUCAUGGAGCGGAUACCCAAUUCGGCAUUUCGGGGUCUAAAACAGAAAACUAGAACCCAAUUUAUCUAUGCUUUACUCACAGUAAUGUGCUAUGUUAUGACCAAAUCCUACACACUGACCUUCUGCGCACCAUUUAUUCUAAUGAGUGCACGUUAUUACUACAGCAGAAAAGUCAUUCUCAACUACCUGGACUGUGCUCUGCUCACCGAUAUGGCAGACAUUGAGGGAUAUUACAUGAAACCCGCAGGCUCUUGUUUCUGGGUGGCAGUUCUGCAAGGCCAGGUUGUGGGCAUCGUGGCAGCGCAAGGCCGAGAAUAUGACAACACAGUGGAGCUCCGUCGCAUGUCAGUGGAUUCUCGCUUUCGUGGAAAAGGCAUCGCCAAGGCUCUGGGUCGACGUGUUCUAGAAUUUGCCAUGUUAAACAACUACUCGGCUGUGGUUCUGGGAACAACAGCAGUCAAGAUGGCCGCCCACAAGCUGUACGAGUCGUUGGGUUUCCGGCGAGUGGGAGACACUGAGGACUACACGCUACCAGGGAUGACCCGUUCACCGCUGGAGAGGCUCUUCUUCCAGAUUCGCUACAGCCGGUACCAACUGCAGCUUCAUGAAGAGUGAGAGACAGAGAGUUAACAUGAGUGCAGAAGAUAUAGUAUAAACGACAGUGCUUCUUCUACCUAUUUAUUUAUGUUUUGGCCUUUUUUUUGUGUCCUAUCUGUUCCUACAACCUUUAUUUUUAUUCAUCUUAAUUUUUAUUCUUAUUUUCAUGAUCAUUGUUUUUUUAGCAGAACAUUUCAUUCCUUUGACCACACUGGAUGUUUCUCCUCUUAUUCUUUCUUUUCAUGGUCAUCUUGCCCUGAAACACCAUGAACAAAUGAAUAGCCCUAAUGAUUUUAUCUUGAUUGGAUAUAAAUGUAAAUGUGUUCACAGUUUUAGAAAAUGCAUAAAUCGAGGCAGCUAAAUUCUGCCUCUGCCCUGUUUCUAAAGCAUUCUUAUAGGCUGAUCUACAGAGUAGCACAGACCACUAUCAUCACAGUUCAUGAUCCAGUGGACAUUGGAACUGGAGGGAAGGAGGUAGUAAAGUUUGAUCCACCUUUUCUGAUGCCACCUUCCUCCUGAGGAAGUACAUUUGAAACAUUCAAAAGCAGCAGUCUGGUGGAGUCUAACAGUCCAUCGAAUUAAAAUUUCUCUUCAAAAGCACAGAAUUUUUAACUGUGUCAAACUGAUGAACAAAAAGAGCUAGAAAUGUUAUUUAUAUCCCUAAGCACCACUUGAUUAAUAGGUUACGGUAACAACUUUGCAAUAUAAUCUUUGUUUUGUUGAGAAGGUUCCUAAUGCUGUACCACAAUAUCAACCAAGGUCAGAAAUCACUAGAAAACCAUGAAUACU